AUGUUGUUCCAGCGCGGCAGGUGGCGGUAAUGCGCUCUUGGCGACUGUCUGCCCUUGUGCAAUUUAUUGGCAAAAACAUGGCGACGUCCUUGGUCAGACAGACAAAAUUGUUGUCGAUUGUGACCAGCCAGUUAAAUUCUCCGGCAUGUUUGAGGAACAUUCACUGCACUGCAGCUUGUUUGAAGAACCGCGCAGCUCGUAUUCGAGUGAGUAAAGGAGACAGGCCCUUAACGUAUGAGCAGGUGCAUCACCCUCAUCACAUCGGACACAGGAAGGGCUGGCUCUCACAACACACCAGUAAUCUUCAGGGUGAAGCUGGAGCAGCAGAGCGCGUGGUGGAGGACGUCUUCAUCAGGCGCUUCGUAUACGGCACGUUUCAUGGCUGUUUAGCAGAUGAGGUGGUGAUCAAACGCAGAGGCAACAUCCUGGUCAUCUGUGCGGUGAUGAUACAGAAACUCAUCCCGAGUAAAUUCUACUUUCUCAUCGGAUACACAGAGGAACUGCUCUCGCACUUCUACAAAUGUCCUGUUAAAAUCGAGAUGCAGACAGUAGAAGAAAAAGUAGUCUACAAAUAUCUCUAAGGCCAUAUGUUGUGGCUUUAGAAAGUUGGUUAUUGAAGGGGAGAAACAUCUUUUUUUUAGAUGUUUUAUAGUGUUCAAGAAGUGUAAAUUAAGGCCUUUCAAUUUAAUUAAAUCAUUAGUAAAAAAUAUUCAUAUGAUAAGCCUUGCACUGUGUGUAUUUGUUAAGAUCAAAUUAUUUCUGCAUUGCUUCAUACAUUGAGUUUCUGUUGUUAAUAAAGGUUUUUUUCACAUAAAAAGCAGUGAAUUAUGUAUUUUGCAUUUUUAUUUGGCAUUGUGUAUUUUAAAAAUGGACCUAACAAGAUUAAAAUAACUUAAGCUUUUAAUCGAGCAAUCCAUAAAUAUGAAUUACAUAUUCCAUAAAGUUCAGAAUGCCCCCAGUUUAAUCUGUCUAGUAACUUUCAUUCAGAACUUUACACUAAAUUUAGUUAUUAGAAUCUGUCAGAAGGAAAACUAUUUUCAUAAGGGGUUUAUAGACCUAUUUGGAGAAUAGGAAGUCACAGUUACGUCACAUAGUGGCAAGUAUGUUUUGUUGUGCCUUUGGAUGUCAGAAUCGGAAUUAAAAAAAAUUAUAGCCUUCAUUUUUAUAGAAUACCAUCAUUGAAGACGCCCUUUGAAGCUAAACAGACAUUUAUGUUGAAAAUCACAGACUGGACUGAUGAAUCCUGCAUUGAUUAGUCUACUAUUAAAACAUGAAUUUGAUGUAAACAGUAAGUCUACACAAUAUUCACAUAUGCAGUUCAUAGUGGACAUACAUACAUAGCAGGUUCAGCAUGAAAUAGUAAUUAAACCUAUAAAAUUUUACAUAGAUAACUUUUAAACAUAGCCUGUAACAUUUUUAUCUCACAAUUCUGACUUUUUUCCUUUCAUUUGUGUGUUUAUAUCUCCAGGUCGGACUUUAUAACUCGCAAUUGUGAGUUUAUAUCACAGUUCUGAGGGAAAAAAGUCAGAAUUGCAGUAUAUAAAUUCGCAAUUCGGAGGAAAAAGGACAGAAUAACAAGUAUAUCUCAAAAUUCUGUUUUCCCUGUAAGAAUUGUGAGAUAUAAACUCGGAUUUGCGAGAGAAAAAAAAAACUCAGAAUUGUAAGAUAUAAACUCAAAAUUAACUUUUUUAUGCUUUUAUUCCGUGGCACAGACAGCAACUGCAGAACGGUCAUUUUCUGCCACCAGGUAGGCUCCGCCCACAAAAACAUCAUCACUGUUUGCAAAUAAAUAAAUAUAUAUAAUGUAUGUAUGUAUGCGCGUGUGUGUGUAAUAUAUAUAUAUAUAUAUAUAUAUAUAUAUAUAUUAUACACACACACACACAUUAAAUUAUAUUCCAGUGCAGCAGGUGGCAGUAAUGUGCUCUUGCAUCAAAUGGACACUGCAAAAGCAUAAUUUUUUUUUUUUUUUUUUUGUAAAUUUAAUGUUUAUUCAAAAUUAGACAUUUGUAUCAUACAAAGGCACAAACACUGCUUUAGUGCAAAAAGGCACAAUCAUUAUAGAUUAAAAUCAAAGUUGGAAAAAUUCCCUUAAAUAUCAGAUCUUUCCCUUUAUGAAGCAAAAUUCAUUUUAAAAUAAAAAUAUCAGAAGAGGAUUUCCACUGUGGCACAUGUGGAAUUUGUGGCAUUUGCAGUUAAGGAUACGUAUAUGGUUUAAUUCACAGUAUAAAGAAAAAAAAAAAAAAAAAAAAAAAAGAUAAAACAA